UUGGCCGCAGCGAGCGGGGCCGCGAGUCCCGCGCGCCGCUCGCGCAGCUGCCCACAAUAUAUAGCUGCAGCAUGGCUCUACAGUGCAAGUGAAGUGGACAGGAACCUUGCAUCGCGCACACGGGGGCCGGGCGGAGCCGCGUUGGCCGCAGCGCGCGCGGCCGAGAGUCCCGCGCGCCGCUCGCGCAGCUGCCCACAAUAUAUAGCUGCAGCAUGGCUCUACAGUGCAAGUGAAGUGGAUAGGAACCUUGCGUCGAGCACACGGGGGCCGGGCGGAGCAGCGUUGACCGCAGCGAGCGCGGCCGCGAGACCCGCGCACCGCUCGCGCUGCUGCCCACAAUAUAUAGCUGCAGCAUGGCUCUACAGUGCAAGUGCAGUGGACAGGAACCUUGCGUCGCGCACACGGGGGCCGGGCGGAGCCGCGUUGGCGGCCGCAGCGAGCGCGGCCGCGAGUCCCGCGCACCGCUCGCGCUGCUGCCCACAAUAUAUAGCUGCAGCAUGGCUCUACAGUGCAAGUGCAGUGGACAGGAACCUUGCGUCGCGCACAGGAGGGCCGGGCGGAGCCGCGUUGGCCGCAGCGAGCGGGGCCGCGAGUCCCGCGCGCCGCUCGCGCAGCUGCCCACAAUAUAUAGCUGCAGCAUGGCUCUACAGUGCAAGUGAAGUGGAAAGGAACCUUGCGUCGAGCACACGGGGGCCGGGCGGAGCCGCGUUGGCCGCAGCGAGCGCGGCCGAGAGUCCCGCGCGCCGCUCGCGCUGCUGCCCACAAUAUAUAGCUGCAGCAUGGCUCUACAGUGCAAGUGAAGUGGACAGGAACCUUGCGUCGCGCACACAGGGGCCGGGCGGAGCCGCGUUGGCCGCAGCGAGGGCGGCCGCGAGUCCCGCGCACCGCUCGCGCUGCUGCCCACAAUAUAUAGCUGCAGCAUGGCUCUACAGUGCAAGUGAAGUGGACAGGAACCUUGCGUCGCGCACACGGGGGCCGGGCGGAGCCGCGUUGGCCGCAGCGAGUGCGGCCGCGAGUCCCGCGCACCGCUCGCGCUGCGCUGCCCACAAUAUAUAG